UAUCUCCACGGGAGUUAUCUUGUAGCAACGAAGCUGGUGCAUUGUGAUUAAAUAAAACUAAUCAUUUAUCCUUACUAUAGUUUUCAAGAAAUGAGCGGUGAAUCGAAUAAAAAAAGGAUAAAUAGUUGAAAAAAAUUAGAGAAAGAGGUAUCAAAAGAACAAGUCGUCAAUCUUCAAUGACAGAAAAUAUGAAAUGCAAUGAGGGACAGUACGUUAGUUUACUGAUGCCUGGAACAGAGAGGCGGAAGAUUUUUGGCCUGCUGGAAAAACCGGACUUCCCUGCCGCGACGACUCAAGCUUCUUACAAACUUUACGUGUGCGGAAGACCAGGCUCGGGUAAAACGUGGGCGAGGAGUCGCUUGGCAGGGCGUGAGGUCUGCAGUGAAGUGAGCGGCGAAGAAGCUGUGUCUGGCAUCGAAGCUAAUGUCAUUUACUGGCCUAUGAAGAUUAGCGGCAAGUCGAUACUUUUCCGCUUGGAGCUUUGGGAAGCAGGCGAAUGGAGUGUGAGGCGAUAUGAUCACAUUUUGCCCGCCUGUCGAGACGGCGUGAAUGGGGUGCUGCUGUGCUUCUCUAUCAACGACUCCCAAGGCUGGCAAGAGCUGCCGCGACUGCUGGCGACUUCAGUGCAGCCUGGCGAGAAGGCUACCGUCAUACCAUUGGCCACAAGGACGAGUGAGUCAAAUGGCGACUGGGAAGCAAGCCAAGCCGAUAUAAAAGCCCUGGAAGAACGUUGCAACGUGACAGUGUUGCGUAUGCCUCCGCCCACCGCCUGCAACCACGCGAGCUCGCGGCCCCAGCAUUCUGCGGACACCUUGGCGAGGGGCGGAGAUGCGAGGAGUAUGUUGUCGCAAGACGGCAUCACUGAUGAAAUAAGAGCCAUUGAACCUAUACUCAGUGCCAUCUGCUUGAAGCUUUGGCAGAAGGAGCAAGAAUUACUUAUGUCUAUAAAAUAGUCUUCGCGACAGAACUAACCGAAGGUUUCUGGGUUUUGAGGUUUAUGUUUGAUUUUCUUUUAAUAGCUGCAAUUAAUUUCUUUAUUAGUUAGCCUCUGUACUUCUAACGAAAUUCGAAUACUAGAUAGAGUAGCAUAAAUUCGCAUACCUUUUUAUUCGUUUCCUUUACAUUAAUUUUCGUGAACCAGCUUGAAAAAGAGUUAUUUGCAAAUAAAAUUUCAGUAUUUUCA